UUCUUAAUCAUCACUGAACCAACCAUCAAGGAUCAUAUCUCAACAUACACAUUGGUUGGAGGCUACUCCUUCUACUCAUGACCGCCGGUAGCUACGGCCCUAGUAAGGGUCGAUUCAGGCCUCAAAUGGCCAUUGCAUUGGCCAUUGUUCUUCUUUCCUUCAAUGUAGCAUCCGUCGCCGCUGAUGCUUACACUCACUCGCCACCGCCGCCACCACCGUAUGUUUACAGUUCUCCACCGCCUCCUUCCCCGUCACCUCCACCUCCUUAUAAGUACAAGGAUCCACAUUAUGAAUACAAGUCUCCUCCACCACCUUCUCCGUCACCUCCACCACCGUAUUACUACAAAUCUCCACCCCCACCUUCCCCAUCUCCUCCUCCACCAUACUACUACAAGUCCCCUCCUCCACCUUCUCCUUCACCUCCACCUCCUUACUACUACAAAUCUCCCCCUCCACCAGACCCAUCCCCUCCACCCCCAUACUACUACAAAUCUCCUCCACCACCCUCUCCUUCUCCUCCACCUCCAUACUACUACAAAUCCCCACCACCACCCUCUCCCUCUCCUCCACCUCCUUACUACUAUAAAUCUCCCCCACCACCCUCUCCCUCACCUCCACCACCUUACUACUACAAGUCACCACCACCACCACCAUAUGAACACAAGGAUCCAUACUACCAGUACAAGUCUCCCCCUCCACCUUCUCCUUCACCUCCACCUCCUUAUUACUACAAAUCUCCUCCACCACCUUCACCGUCACCACCCCCACCAUACUACUACAAGUCUCCUCCCCCACCUAAAAAGUCACCACCCUAUGAUCCUUACUACUACAAGUCCCCACCACCACCUUCACCUUCACCACCCCCACCCUACUACUACAAGUCUCCUCCUCCACCUGAAAAGUCGCCACCCCAUGAUCCUUACUACUACAAGUCCCCACCACCUCCUUACUACUACAAAUCUCCUCCUCCUCCAUCUCCCUCACCUCCUCCACCAUACUACUACAAGUCUCCUCCUCCUCCUUCACCAUACCCUCCACACGUGCCUUACUACUACAAAUCUCCUCCUCCACCGUCUCCUAAGCCUUACUACUACAAAUCUCCACCUCCACCAUCUCCUAAGCCUUACUACUACAGCUCUCCCCCUCCACCGGUCGCAUAUCCCCCACACUCUCCAUACCCUCACCCUCACCCAUAUCACCACUCAUUGAUCGUUAAGGUUGUGGGUAAAGUCUACUGUUACAGAUGUUAUGACUGGAAAUACCCUCAGAAAUCGCACAACAAGAAACACCUCGAAGGUGCCACGGUCGAGGUGACUUGUUCAGUUGGAAGCAAGACCAUAACGGCUUACGGUAAAACUAAGAACAACGGAAAAUACAGCAUCACCGUUGACGGAUUUGACUAUGUUAAAUAUGGAAGCACAGUCUGCAAGGCCAAACUCCAUGCUCCUCCUAAGGGCUCACGUUGCAACAUACCCACCAAGCUUAACGAGGGAACCAAGCUGGAGUUGAAGUCAAAGGAUAAGUACGAGGUUGUUCUGAAGGCUAAGCCAUUUGCCUAUGCCCCAGAAAAGCCAUACGAUUGUGAGAAGCACAAGCAUUCACACAAACCAUACUACUACAACUCUCCCCCACCACCUUCACCAUCACACUCCUACCCUCCUUAUUACUAUAAGUCACCACCUCCACCUCCACCAUCAUACUACUACAAGUCACCACCGCCACCAUCAUACUACUACAAAUCACCACCUCCACCAUCAUACUACAAGUCCCCUCCUUACUACUACAAGAGCCCACCUCCACCAUCACCAUCUCCACCUCCACCUUACUACUACAAAUCUCCACCUCCUCCACCCAAGGAUCCAUAUUAUCCACCCUACUACUACAAAUCACCUCCUCCACCAUCCCCAUCGCCGCCACCUCCUUACUACUACAAGUCUCCUCCACCACCAUCUCCAUCACCACCACCUCCCUACUACUACAAAUCACCUCCACCACCAGAUCCUUCACCACCACCUCCUUACUACUACAAGUCACCUCCUCCACCAUCUCCCUCACCACCAUCACCCUACUACUACAAAUCACCUCCACCACCAUCUCCAUCACCACCACCUCCAUACUACUACAAGUCCCCUCCACCACCUUCUCCGUCACCACCACCACCCUACUACUACAAAUCACCUCCUCCACCGGACCCAUCACCCCCUCCUCCCUACUACUACAAGUCUCCUCCUCCACCAUCCCCAUCACCACCACCCCCUUACUACUACAAGUCCCCUCCACCACCAUCUCCAUCACCACCACCACCCUACUACUACAAGUCACCUCCACCACCAGAUCCAUCACCACCACCUCCCUACUAUUACAAGUCUCCUCCUCCACCAUCCCCCUCACCACCACCUCCAUAUUACUACAAGUCACCUCCCCCACCAUCCCCAUCACCACCACCUCCCUACUAUUACAAAUCACCUCCACCACCAGAUCCUUCACCCCCACCACCCUACUACUACAAGUCACCUCCUCCUCCAUCACCUUCUCCACCUCCUCCUUAUUACUACAAGUCUCCUCCACCACCAUCACCAUCUCCCCCACCUCCAUAUUACUACGUGAGUCCCCCACCGCCAACCAAGUCUCCUCCACCACCGGCAUACAGCUAUGCUUCCCCUCCACCACCCAUCUACCACUAAGCUUUGAAUUAAGCAAAACCGACUACAAAUCAUGUUCUAGUAUUCAUUGUGGAAUAAAGUCAAGUUCCAUUUGGAGCAGAGUUAAGCAUCUAAUUUGUUUUACGAGUUCUUUGAAUAAGUAUCUGAAUUUAUCGUCUCUAAGCUACAAUCUUCACGAUUCGGAUGAGGCUGCUUCUAUUUAUUUGGUGGUCAUCUUGCACGUCUUGUUCUUACUAAGUUCAAGGGAGCGACAAAUGAAAACGAGCCAAGAUUCGAAAUCUUGAUGCUAGUGGAGGCUGCUAGAUCUCUUUCAUUUGUUUCUUUGUAGAUUAUCUAUCUAUAUAUAUAUUUGAUCGUGUAAUGAUUGCAUUCAAAUUAUUGUGAAAUUCUUUUGAUAAUAUAUCAUCUUUUGUUGUUUGCAA